AACUUGUGUCCGACUAGAGAAACAACAGGUCGAUAACAACUUUACAACCGGAGGAAACUUCAAACUUAUCCACUGACUGGUGAUAAAUUCAAACUCUGGAGACGAAUAACAUCCGAAAUAAUUUCUUGGCUUCUGGAUUCAUCAGGUUGGCUGAUGGUGCAUAAACCCAUUCAGGAUGAACUGUGAGCUUUUGGCAACAUGCAGCGCUCUGGGUUACCUAGAGGGAGACAGUUAUCACAAGGAACCUGACUGUUUGGAGAGCGUUAAAGACCUGAUCCGCUAUUUACGUCAUGAAGAUGACACUCGUGAUGUUCGGCAGCAGCUCGGCGACAGCCAGAUUGUUCAAAACGAUCUCCUUCCAAUUAUCGUUCAGUACAGACAAGACAAAACCUUGUUUGACGCCUGCAUCAGGCUCAUGGUUAACCUCACCCAGCCUGCCAUGCUGUGUUUUGGUAAAAUCCCAGAUGAUCCAGUGUUCAGGCAACACUUCAUGCAAGUCACAUCUCAUUUGCAGGCCUAUAAAGAGGCUUUUGCCAGUGAGAAGGUGUUUGGGAUUUUAAGUGAGACUUUGUACAACCUACUUCAACUGGAUUGGGAACAAAGACAGGACGAGGACAACCUGCUGAUCGAGAGGAUUUUACUGCUGGUCAGAAACGUUCUUCAUGUGCCAGCAGAUCCCUGUGAAGAGAAGAAGGUGGAUGAUGACGCCAGCGUACAUGACCGGGUGUUGUGGGCCGUUCACAUGAGCGGUUUUGACGACCUGGUCAAGUUUCUGGCGUCUGCCCAGAGCGAGCAGCAGUGGAGCAUGCACGUGCUGGAAAUUAUCUCCCUCAUGUUCAGAGACCAGACUCCCGAAGCGUUGGUGAGCGCCGGUCACGCUCGCUCCGCUGAGGAGAAGCAGAGAGACGCUCAGGAGCUGGAGGCGCUGAGGCAGAAGGAGCAGGCAGAGAAACGCUCUCGCACGCUGCAGAGAGGAACCAGACAUUCUCGCUUUGGGGGAUCUUUUGUGGUUCAAGGCCUGAAAGCAAUCGGGGAGAAGGACGUGAUCUAUCACCGAAAUCUAAACAAUUUCAAAUGUUAUACUCACGACCUGGGAAAAGCAGUGAGGCGUGUUCCUAAGAGAAACCAGCAGGCCCAGGACUGCAGGGACAAACGGCGCUCGGCGCUAAACGUUCGGCUCUUCCUGCGCGAGUUCUGCGUGGACUUCCUGGAGAACUGCUACAACCGACUCAUGUACCUCGUUAAGGAAAGUCUAAUCCGCGAACAAACGCAGCAACACGACGAGACCUAUUACCUCUGGGCGCUCAGCUUCUUCAUGGCCUUCAACCGUGGCAACGGUUUCCAUGCCGACCUCGUCUCAGAGACCAUGUCUGUUCGUACAUUUCACUUCAUUGAACGCAACAUUACCAAUUACUAUGAAAUGUUGCUAACGGACCGCAAAGAGGCGACAUCCUGGUCCCGCAGGAUGCAUCUCGCUCUAAAGGCGUAUCAGGAACUUCUGCUAACUGUGAACGAAAUGGACCGCUCUGCCGAUGAAGGCAUCCGUCAGAGCUCUAAUGUCAUUAAAAGCAACAUCUUCUACCUGAUGGAGUACAGAGAGAUUUUUCUGACCUUGCUGAGGAAAUACGACGAAACCAAGCAGCCUCACUCCUACCUUAAAGACCUGGUGGAGUCAACGCAUCUCUUCUUACGAAUGCUGGAGCGCUUCUGCAAAGGCCGGAAGAACUUAAUCGUUCAGAGGAAGAAGGUCAGGCGGAAGAAGUCUCAAGGUCAAAAGAAGCAGCCGGCUCAGGAGUCGAGUCCAGAAGUGCUGGAGGAAACUUGGAAGAUUGUUGAGGAAGAGCUGAGGGCGACUGAGUUUCAGGUGUCGGCAUCGUUGACUGAAAGCAUUGUGCCUUUUGAUGCUGCAUCAGAAACGCCUCUGGAGGAGCAGCGAACUGAGGCCAUGGUUCGGGUGCAGGACGCUCUGCUGGCCCGACUGGGACCUGAAGCUCUGGCGCUGCUGCGGGCCGCCAGGGAAGUAUGGCCAGAUGGAGAUGUGUUUGGUUCAUCUGAUGUUGAACCAGAAGAAGAACUGGAUCUUCUUAAACAGAUCUUCCAGGCCAACCUGCCAAGGCCUCCUCCUGAGACGAUUGCUGAGGACGAUGAUGAAGGAGCAGAAUUGGAAGAGGAGGAACUAGAAUCUGUCCAGCUUUCUGAAAAAGAGUUCAAUAUCCUAGACUUUAUCAAAAGGUUUGCCAACCCCAGCAUCGUGCGUUCGUAUCUUCUCCUCUUGAAAUCCUACUCGAAGAACACGCCUCACACAAACCACUGCGUCGCUCGGAUGCUGCACCGCCUGGCCGUCGACCUCAAGAUGGACGCUCUGCUUUUCCAGCUGUCAGUCUUCCACCUUUUCAACAAAAUCCUGAAUGAUCCCGCCGCAGACGCUUACAAGGAACUGGUGACCUUUGCCAAGUUCGUGCUGAAGCGCUUCUUCGCAGUGGCAGCUCAGAACAACAAGGCUUACGUUGAGCUGCUCUUCUGGAAAAACGUGGGCGCUGUGCGUGAGAUGACCGAAGGCUACACUAAAGAUGGAGAGGGAAAGAAGCCAUCUUGGACUGAAGAGGAGGAAGAGGAGCUGCGAAGGCUCUACAUGGAGCAUCUUGACUCUGAAGUGCCAGACAUCGUGGAGACGGUCAUCCAGUUGCUAAGCAACAGCAACCGCACACGGCGGCAGGUGGUGACCCAGCUGGUGCACAUGGGUCUGGUGGACAAUGCUAAAGAACUGAAGAAACAAAAGAAGGGCACUCAGAUCGUUUUGUGGACUGAGGAGCAGGAGCAGGAGCUGGAGAUGCUGUUUGAGGAGUACAAAGACUCUGAUGAUGUUCUGGGUGACAUCAUGAAGAAGCUCACAGCCAAGCGCUCUCGAGCACGCGUUGUGGACAAGCUGCUGAGUAUGGGCUUGGUGUCCGAGAGGCGCCAACUUCACAAGAAGAGAAGCCGCAGCUCUCACGGAAAAAGCUCCUGGAAGAGCUCCGGAAAGGACAUGACUGAGGAAGACUUCUUGGCUGAACUAACUCAAGGCCUUGCAGAUGAAGCUGCGGAUGAAGACGACGAAGAUGAAACCGAGGAUGAGUCUGCGGAUAGUGAGGAAGAUGAAAAUGAGAGAGAAAUACCACAACCUGUUAGAAAAAGGAGACAAGACUUUAACCUGACAGCCGAGCGCAGAGCAGACAUCAGGUCCAUGGUAAAGGCUCUGCAGCAAGAAGGUUUGUCUGGACCGCUGUUGUGGCUGCAGAACAGUUUAAACAAGACAGCAAUAGAUAGAAAUGACGAUUGUCCGUCCCAGCCGGUUCCACUUGGCCCUUUCUCAGAGGAAAAUGAAGACGCCAUGGAGAACAGGAACUUCCUGAAGCUGCUGAGCAAACUGGGAAUCAGGCCACCUGAAAAUGAACAGGAAACUUUCUGGAGGAUUCCAGAAAACAUCAGCACAUCUCAGCUUUGCAGUGUGGCUGCAGCAUUGACCCCUGGAGAGGACGAACCUGAACACUCAGAGGAGCAGCAAGGGCCCAGAGAGUCACCAGAAGAACCACAGGAGCAGGCCGAGGAGGAAGAGGAGGACGAUGAAGAGAGGGAACAGAGAGCUCAGGCUCUGAGAGCUCUGCUGCUGGCACGCAGCAGGAAGAGCCACUCUGUAGAGGAUGCAGGUCUGGUGUCAGACUCGGCUCCUGCUGGUGAAGCAAACAGUCUAAGUGAGAGAUCCCAGGAGAAGAUGUCAACCAAAAGAAGCAGAAACAGGAUAUUGGAUGAUAAUGAUGAUGAUGGUGGUGAUGGUGAUGAUGAUGAAGAGGAGAAAGAAAAUGAUUCUUCCAAGGCCAUGGAUGUUGAUACAAAUAAGGAUGCAGAUUCCGACACGGAGGAUUUCUCUGCUCCCGUGAAGCGGAGGAGGAAGAUGGCCGUAAUAGACGAUGAAGAAGACGAAGAUUAGUGAAAGUCUUUAAUGGACCACAUAUAGGCAGGUCCCUCAUGUUACUUAGAGGGGAUUCAGUCCUCUGGAGGCCCAAACAGCAGACCAGAUUAUUGGAAUCCCAAACAGCUUGUUUAUGAUGUAAAUAUAUAUAUAUAUAUAUAUAUAUAUUAUGUGAACCUGUAAUUCAUGGUAAAACUUUAGAGAAUUUGGUUGUUUCAGCUUUUUAUAGUUAUAAUUCCCUGUUCUCUGUCAUUGUAACUUCUUAGAGUUAAUCGUUCUCUGUAAAAUUGUUUCAAAUUCAGUUAUCUUUAAAAGUUUUCCCACAGCUAAAAGUGCUUCUUUUCACAUGUACAAUUUUAUGCGUCUGUAAAACUGUUAAAUAAAACAACUUAUCAGAAUAAAAAAGCCGCUCUGCUUCUCACAUUGUGCGACACAGAAUUUGAACACUAGGAGGCAGAAAUGUUUGCCCCUUUUUCCAUUUCAGUGCAUGAUUUAAGAACAACUUUGUCUCAACUAUACGCUGUAUCAAUAAAUUAAGUGUAUUCCUGAGUUGUUUAAUAAAAAAUUUCAUUUUGCAGAUAAAAAGUUUUAAAUAAAAGCAGAGCAGAAAUCAAA